ACGUCGGGGGGCGGGGAUUGCCCGUGUUGUUACCACAGAGAUGAUCAUACGCGUUAUUUGCUCCAGCGUCCACCGAGGACUUUCACUAGUUAUCACAGGAUUGUUUUGGAAAUAACGUCGCGGCUCUGGGAUCAAACUGCAGGUUAUCAGCCAUGAUGCCAUCCCGUCCGUGAAGAGAGACCUUCCUUCAGAGAAGAAACCGAAUUUAUUUUCCAGGUUUUAGCACGAUGCAUACCACACGCAGCCCCUCGUCUAUCCCGACAGGUUCCCCUGGAGAUGCCCCGGAACUCAGCCUGCUCGGCUCCCGGCUCUCCGUAUCCAAACGACCCAGCAGUGCAUCUCCAGGGAAGCAUUUCUCUCGGUCUGUGUCGGUAUUUGUGGCUGCUGACGGCAGAGGGAAACGCAACGCGCUGAGCUACACCAACACCGGGAGCUGCCGUUCCAUCAAGAACCUGAGGCGGUCCAACAGCACCACUCAGGUCAACCAGCAGGCUAACCUUAGUUUAAGUCAGGAGCAUAGUGAGGACUACCUGACUCUGUUCGAUGGCAGCUCUGAUGGACGAAAGAAACUGGCGAGCCUCAGGAAGACCUCCCCAGAGAGAACCACAUGGAACAUCCUGGAUGAUCAGCCCAGGACCUUUCCGCCAUAUUCGACCUCCCGUAGCACCGGCAACAUGGACCCUCCCACCAGCCUGAAGAAAAAAGAGCCUGGCAUCCCUCUGGCUGCCACCUUCACUGCCAACAACAGGAGCAACAAGGGAGCUGUGGGAAACUCUGUCACCACUAUUUUGCACAAUAACAACCCUGAGAAGCCGCUUACACCAAAGAGCUCAAACCAGAAGCCAUCUUUCAACAACAUCCUAAAGGCCACAGCAAACGAUGAGGUCCUGCUGGAGAACGGUUCUGUCACAAAGUCUCAGAAGAAUUUCUGCUCCUCGUCUUCCAUCUCCAACAACAGAUCUCUGGUGUCGGCUCAACACUGCAGCCCAGUCCCACCGCGGAGGAGGGAAGUCACAGAGGAGGAGGCGGAAAGGUUUAUUCAGCAGGUGAACCAAGCUGCAGUCACCAUCCAGCGCUGGUACAGGCGUCACAUCAAGAGGAAACAAAGCCACCAGGUGGCCCUUGAACAAAUUCUCACCAAUAAAAGAAAGGAGUGCGAAGGGAGACAAGAGGAGGACGAUCAUCUGGAGCAGCGGCGAGGUGAAGAAAGGAAGCGGAUUCGUGAGGAGAAAGCUCGUCUUGCCCGUCUCGCUGCCAUCCAGGAGCUGCAGCAGAAAAGAGCUCAGCAAACUGCAGAGGUGCCCCAAGCAGCAGAGUCAGAGCUGGAAAACCUAUGGCAAACUGGUGGCGCGGGAAGGAAGAAGCAGCCCGAGAUUUCCAUCACCAGCAGAAGCCCGACCUCCCCGAACAACAACAGUUCCCCCAUGUCGCCCACUGACACCAAAACUAAGAACACAGACUCUAAUUUAAACAUCACAUCUGACUUAGGAGAGUUGGGCUUCAGAGCCAUUUCUCCUGCUUUAUCCAGUAAGAAAGGAUCUCAGUGCUCCCAGGAGCUGCAGCAGAGACCAGCACAGUGGACGGCAGAGGAACACCAUGUAUCCGAAGUGGAGCUUGAAAACCAGAGACAAACUGGUGCAGAAGGACAGAAAAAACUUCUACGGAUCCCUCCGACCAACAACAGUCUAGUCUCACUGAGCAACAACAACCCAAAGUCUCCCACAGACACCAAAACUAAGAACACAGACUUUAAUUUAAAUGUUGUAAAUGAUGGAUUGGAGCUUGGGUUCAGAGCAGUUUCCCCAGGUUUUUCACAUCACAGAGGAUCCCAAUGUUCCCAGAGGUCAGUUAGUGUGGAGGACCAGCGGCAGGUAGCUCAGUCUAAAACUACCCUGAAUGAGCUGCUGGACACCCUGAAGCUGUUGGAGCAGGAGCCGGAGAAACUGUCAGAGCCAAGGUGCUAUCGGAAGGAGAAGUAUGCCUGGAUAGACGAGGACGGGGACUCUCUGACCACGGAUAACCUGGAGCGCCAUGGCCAGCUCAAUCACAAUCCUGCACUGCCAGACAGGGGUGCUCUGCUCUCUGAGGCCAAGCUGCAGAGCAUUAUGAGCUUCCUAGACGAGAUGGAGAAGUCAGAACAGGAAAGGCCACGAUCGGUCACCUCUGGGUCACAUAGAGAGGCCGUGUUGUCUGAGGAGGAGCUGCUUGGUGUUGAUCAUGUGUCGGCCACCGCGGCUGAAGUCAGCAGCUCCAUGAUGAGGAUCAAACUGGAGCUUGAGGAGAAGAAACGCACCGUCAACAUGCUGCAGGCUGCAUUGACUCAGCAGAGGGAACUGACAGUGAGACACGUGAAGGAGACAGAGAAGGAGCUGAGCAGGAACUUCCAGCUCCAGAAGGAACAGUAUGAAGCCACCAUCCAGAGACACCUGACCUUCAUAGACCAGCUGAUCAAUGAUAAAAAAGCUCUGAGUGAGCACUGUGAAGGCGUGGUGUCCGAGCUAAAGCAGGUGGACCAGAAGUACACCAAGAAGAUCGCGCAUAUGCAACAGCAGCAUGAAAUGGUGUGGCAAAUUCUCGGCCCCUUGUGUGAGGAGAUUAAAAAGUUGAAGGACCUGAUGAGCGCCACGGAGAAGAUCCGCAGAGAGAAAUGGAUCGAUGACAAAACCAAGAAGAUCAAAGAGAUCACAAUCAAAGGGCUGGAGCCGGAGGUCCAGAAGCUGAUCUCAAAGCACAAACAGGACCUGAAGAAGCUGCGAACGUUGCACGAAGCAGAGCUGCUGCAGGCCGACGAACGAGCAGCUCAGAGAUACGUCCGGCAGUGUGAGGAGCUGCGACAGCAGCUAGAGACGGAGAAGGAGGAGCAGUGUCAGAGAGAGAGGGAGCUGGCUAAGCAGAGGUAUGAGAAGCAGCUGCAGGAGGAGGAGCUGUCUCUGCAGCAGCAGAGGAGGCGUCUCUACAAGGAAGUAGCUGAUGAGAAGGAGAGGCUGGCAGAGCUGGCUGCCAGGCAGCGAGGCGAGCUGGAGGAGCUGCGGCGGCAGCUGGAGGAGAACAGCUCGCUGGCCGGUCGAGCUCUCAGGGAGGAGACGGACAAGAGCCGAGAGGAGCAAGAGAGGAGGCACCAGAUGGAGAUGAAGAUGCUGCAGGAACGUUUGGAUGUUGAGAAGCAGACGUGGGAAGAAAACUAUAAAAAGAAGGAGGAAGCCUGGAUGCUGAGCCGUGAGCGCGAGCUGAAGGAAGAACUGCGGCGAGAACGAGACAAAGAGAUCGAGCUCGCCAUCUGGACCCUGGAGGAGGAGACGAGCAAGGACAAGGAGGCGUGUGAGCGAGCUGCAGACAACAGGGUGAAACGCCUGAGGGAGAAGUAUGAUGCAGAGCUGAGGGAGCUGGAGCACUCGGAGAGGGCAGCAGUGGAAAAAGUGCAAGAGCUGAGGAAGCAGCAGGUGGAGGCAGAGGGAGAGCUGAUCCGACUGCAGGCCGUGCUCAGACAAAAAGAACAGGAGAUCCAAGACAUCACCCAGACCAAAGACAAGUUGGCUGAAGAGCGCCGCAGCCUGGCCGAAGUGAUAAGGCAGGAGUUCGCAGACCGCCUGGUGAUGACGGAGGAGGAGAACCGCAGACUGAAGGUGGAGGUGUCAGAGGUCCGAGCAAGGUCGCGGUUGGAGGUGGAGAGGAUCACCCACGAGAAGGAGGAAGAGCUGGCUGAAGUCCACCAACGGGUGAAGUCGGCCAUCUUGAAGAAGGAAGAAACUGUGAAUAAUCUCCGGAAGCAGUAUGAGGCUGCUCUGAAGAGGGCGGACCACCUGGAGGCUCUGUGGGAGCAGCAGAGGAAGCAGCUGUUGGACAAGUGACUGACAGGAAUGCCUGCUCUAUCUCCACCCCCUUGAGUUGGUGGGGGUAUUUUCUACCUGCAAGACUGAACCUGUGGAACUGCAGAUGGCUUUAAAUGUGCCUACCUCAUUUGUAAAAGGCAACUGUCCGGGGUUUCAGUGUAAAACCCCCCUUUACCCUGUCCUCCAGGCAUAAAAGAGGGUGUUGCUUUGGUACUCCCCUCAUUUAUCUGCUACAGACUGGAUGGCACUAGAUUAAAGGAGGGACUCAGCAGGGGUCGCUCCCUAUAGGGAUUCAUCAUUACCACGCCAAGCAUGAGCUCUCUGCCUGAAGCAGGUCAAGUUCUCGGUGCACCCUUUAAUCACUGACUCGUGUUUUUAUCGCCGUUUCCCCUGAAGGAGACUACUAAUUACAGAGCUUUAUCCUAGCAGCCCUGGAUUCAGCUCUGUUCCUGCUACUAAAGUUGGGAUCCAAUGAAACAUUCUGAUGAAAUUCACCAAGACUGGUUACAGACUGAAGUUAGGAAGGAUGCAGGAUGUCAAAAAAGAAAGCAAUGGGACAUUUGGGCAAAGAAUGUUUGAGGUUGGAUAAUUGCAGAGUGGUUCUGAGGGUAUUUGAAUGUGAAAAAGUGGAAGAGAAGGACAUGCUGGGAAUGUAGGGAAGAGGGAAUACCAGAAAAAAUGUUUUCAGAGCUGGGACAGAGGAGGGUGGGUUGGCUGGGUCUGAGAGGGCACAGCACAUGUGACUUAAGGCAUGUUGAUCUUGAGGCUUCACUAUGACAAAAUACAACCAGCUCAAUAGGGGAACAGAGAUCAGCUCCACACCUCGCAGCAGCUGGGAAUCAGUUUUAAUGUUUCCAGAUUUCCUUCUCGCAGGAAGUGUGUGUGGAUUCGAUUUCAGUAGGAGCCAUUCAUAUCCUACACCUAUAACUUUUUAUUUGUGUUGCAGUGCAAAUCUCUAAACCUGGAAGUAAAGCCUAUUAUUUAGGUCCAAGAGAGUGAAUGGCAUGAUGGGAAAUUCCAAAAGGCUUCAAAUCUGAAUAUUUAUUCCUUAUUUCACCUUUUCUUUAUUGCUGCACUCAUACACUAACAUUGUGGUGUUACUCCACAGAACAAUCCUGUUAAACACGUCAACUGUUCUUUUUUUGUUGCUUUUUUCAGAAAAUUAAUUAAUUUUAAACAGUGCCAUUUUGUAAUCUAAAGUUUACUCUUCAUAUUUUAUUUGUUAAUCUAAUGUGUGAAACACAUUGCUGUUGUAGAAUAGAGGUUGAGUUUGGCGGUUUGUAACGGUUUAUGCAGAUCAGAACAAUGACCGUUUCUCCUGGUCGCUGGCAGAGCUUCGCUGCUUCAGGGUACUGGUUGGAAGCAGAGCCAGCAGACAUUUAUCACAUGUUCCCCCUCACAUCCCAGUGUGACGAGUUCACCACCACUCCUCCUGUUGUUCAUAUUAUAUAGUCCCAAAUUAUUCCCGAUGGAUUUAUUUUCCGUGUCUGAUAUUUUCUACAUCUGUAAACAUGUGUCUGAACAUAGAGCUCCUGAACGCAGCGCUUCCUGUUAAAAUUUAGCCUGUUCUUGUUUUGUUUGUUUUCACGGGGGUUGAUAAAAGUACUGUGACCUGAACGAUGACUGGUUUGUCUGCAGAAAGAGAAUAAAGUGCAAACAGUUUGUUA